AUGGAACCGAACGAAAGCACCUCUGUGCUUCACACUAAAAUCACUAUGGUAGAGAAAGAUCGUCAUUUUGAGUGGAUCGGAAAAACGAAACCUGUUCAUCUUUUGGAUGUUCCUGGGCACUCUCCUAAGCUAGAAGAAUACUUGCCUCUAGCAACCACUCUUGUGUUUGUCGCAGAUGCGAUGGAUUUUCUCCCAAAUUGUCGGGCAGCUUCAGAGUACCUUUACGACAUUCUGACCAAUGCGGGCGUUGUUACAAAUAAGAUCCCGGUUCUGCUUUGCUGUAACAAGACAGAUAAAGUAACUGCAUACACCAAAGAUUUCAUCAGCAAGCAGAUGGAGAAACAAAUAGAGAAACUUAGGGUUUCGAGGAGCGCAAUAUCAUCAGCGAAUGACUUCACUCUCGGGAUUGAAGGAGAAGUGUUUUCUUUUUCGCAUUGCCAUAACAAAGUCACGGUCGCUGAGACGUCUGGACUAACAGGAGAAACAGAUCAGCUACAAGAGUUCAUCAGAGAACACGCCAGAACCAAAAUGUGUGAGCAUCUCAAAGAACACACUUAA